AUGGAGGACAUUGUAGUUGAAAGUAAUUAUCAUCAUGACACUACUACAUCACAGCAGCAGCAACAAAUCACAGAUACCAAAGAUCAUGAUUUUGCAACAACAACAACAACAACAACAACAAAAGUUAUACUAGAUGAUAAAGCAUCACUAGUAGCAGCAGCAGCAAUCAAAGAAGAACAAGGUUUUUCUUCAACAUCUUCAUCAUCUUUAUCAACAUCAGGAGGAGAGGUUAAAGUUAUAGGUAUAUCACUAACACCUCAACCACUCUUGAAUGUUGCUCAUCAUGAUCAUCAACAACAACCGAAAAAAAUAAACACCUCCCCAUCCUCAUCUUCAUCCUCAGUAACAACACAACAAAAGAAUAAUAAUAAUACCCCAAUUAAAAAGAUUAAUAAUAACAACAACAACAACAACGUAUCAACCAAUCAACAACAGAAUCAAAAUAGCAACAACAUUAACUUGCAACAACAGAAUGCUGCUAAUUAUGAAAAGGAUGAAUUAUUACAAGAUCAACAUGAACAAAGUCAUCCAGUAUCCAAUAUCUUUGAGAAUCUUGGUUUUGUUAUUGAUCAAUCGAUCAACCUCAAGAGAAAGAUGGACCUUGUGAAAAUCAUCAAGAGAAACGGUGGUAAAAGUUGCUAUUCAUGUAGUUCAAAGGCAACACAUUUGAUUACAACGUAUCAAGGAUUUUUAGAGAAUACAACAAAGGUACAACAAGCUCAACAAAUGGGAAUACCUAUUCUAUUGAAAGAGUUUGUACAUCAUUGUGCUUUUAAAAAGCAAUUGUUGGAUUUUGAACCCUAUAGAAUUACAACUCAAAAUGCAAAGAAUCAAACUCAAGAAUCACCAAUUAUUUUAUCACCGUCACCAUCUAGUUCAUCUGAAGCUGUUCCACCACCUAUAGACAAGAAUAAUAUCAAUAUGAAUGGUAGUGGUGGUAGUGUUCCAACUCUAUAUUCAUCACCAUCUCCUCCUCCUCAGGAAAUCAUAAAAGAGUCUAGAUCGAUUGAAGAGAUCAAUAGUAUUCAAAAUAGUAGCAGAUUUUCAUCGUCAUCAGAUUUUGGUCAGACCAACGAAUUAAAGAGAUUCACAGAGUUUGAAUCAUUGGAUUUUGAAGAACAUGAAUUGGGUGGAGCUGUUGGUGAAGAAGAAUUGGUACCAGAGAAUAGCAAAUUUGGAAAUGAUAAUGAUAGUAGUUCAAUGGUAUUAGAUAUCAAUAACAACAACAACAACAAUUCAAUUGAAAAGCCACAACCUCAACAACCAAGAGACAGUAUUAGUCAACAACAAGUCCCACCACCUUCAAUGGGUAUUCAUCUACAUCAAUUGUUAAAUAGUACCAAUCUUAAUAGAAACAACAGUAACAACAACAAUAGCAAGAUUACUAAUAAUAAUAAUAAUAAUAAUAAUACCAAUCAUAGAAAAUCACCAAUUUCAUUUAAUAAUUUUACAUCCACAUCUUCAUCAUCAACAUCAUCAACUAAUUCUGUUACCAUUCCACCACCACCAUCAUCAUCAUCUCAACCACAACAACAACAACCACCUUCUCAAUAUGAUUCAAUUAUCAAUAAUAUUACAAGGAAUAAUAAUAUUUCCGUCGAAUCAUUACUAUCUAUUGAUACCAACCAUCAACAACGUCAUGUUUUUGACAAGGUUGCUGAAUUUGACUCAACAUUUAUUUACAAAAAUGAUUUGUUUAAUCAAAUUUAUUCACCAUCAAAAUCUGAUUUACCCAUCAAUGGUAGUGCCACUAACAAUAGUAAUAGUUUUCAUGGUAUUCCAAGUAUACCUAUUGGUAAACAACAACAACCACCAAUUCAAUCACCACAAACACAAUCAAACAAUCUUGGUAAUUUAGUAAUUGCAUCUCCACUUUUAUCAACCAGCAACACCAACAAUAACAACAACAUUGUCACACCAUCACCACUACUAGUAGAACAACAACAACAACAACAACCAUUAUCAAACUCUUCAUCAAAGAUUUUCGUUGGAGGUAUAACUUUUGAUGAUCUCAAUAUUUAUGCCGACAAGGACGACUUGAGGCGACUAAGAACUAGUCACUUUUUGUCACUGUUUCGAGAGUUUGGAAAUAUUGUUCGUGUUCAAGAGUUUUGGGAUGAACAUAAAAUAGUCAUCACCUAUGAGACAGAAUCUGAUGCCAAAAAGGCCUUCUCUACACUAAAGUCGGCUGCUACCAAAACCUACUUUAUUGACAAGAUCAAACAAAACCUUCAGAUUCUUGGCCUUCCAUCAGUUAUUGCUCCAAAUGACUUUUUUGUUAGAAGAUCCACAAAACCAACUAGUUUGGUCACUCCACUUACUACUACUGUAGCACCACUAUCCACAGCACCUUUGGUUACUGCCACUACUACUGCUACUUCAACUAUUCCUGCCACCAUGGUAGCUACAGUCAUAAAUAGUACUCCAACUUCCCCUCCAUCAUCACCAAGUAAACAACAUUUUCAUAGCAACAACAAUAGGCAAUCAUCAUCCUCGUCAAAUUUAGCCACUACAUCUAUAGCACCAAUCAAAUCAUCAUCGACAUCUUUCAACAAAAUGAAUAGUAAAAAGAAGAGUUAUAAAUAUACAACAGAUGAAGAUGAAGAUGACUAUGAAGAGGAAACCCAAGAUCAACGAGAUAGAGAUUAUUAUCAAGAUGAAGAGGAAGAGGAAGAGGAAGAAGAAGAAGAAGAAGAAGAUGGCUUUUAUCACCAGGGAGAUGAUGAACAAGAUGAGUUUAGUACAACUGAAGUUUCAGAAAUUGAUGAUGAGCGUUAUAGAAAACAACAAAUCAUCAACAGAAGAAGACAACACAGUUAUAGUAAUGGUAGUCGUAGUAGACCUAUGAUCACUGCCAUGAGAAAGAGAUCAUCUUCAUUUGGAAAACAAAGAAGUGAACCAUUGAUGAGCGAUAGUGACUCUAGUAUUGUAGAAGCUGCCAGUCUUCAUCACCGAGGUGGAGCAGAUGGAAUUAUGGAAAAUAUAUUUUCAGUCAAACAUUCAGAGAAAAAGAAAUCAAAAUCUUUUCUACCUCCUCUUUCAACAAUUGCUCAUAUUUUAGUAUCAUUUGUUAUUUUAUCUGCAUUUUUUAUGAGUCUUCCACAAACUUUACCUCCACAAUAUAGAUAA